GCUUUCCUUUUUCCCUCUCUCUCGUUCUCGCGCUCGAUCAUUCGCAUCCGUGUAGCCGAUAAUGAAGAAGUCUCAGUAAUCAGAAAGAAAGAUGUGGAACCUGAGCCAGGCAUUAUCAGGGAACGAUGAGGAAACUUCAGAGGGUUUCUUCGAUGAAGAAUCAGACAGGCUCUGUUCUCUUUCUCCUAUGCAGAGACUGUACGCCUUCGGUGCUUGUUCGAUCAUUGGUGUACUGUGUAUGUUUCUGUCCCUGAUUGCUUUCGCCAAACCCAUAAAAUUCGCGGUGUUGUUCACAUUUGGCAAUGUGCUAGCAGUUGGAAGCACGGCCUUUCUAAUUGGACCCAUGCAACAAAUACAUAUGAUGUUUGAUCCUGUUCGUGUUUAUGCAACGGCCAUUUAUAUCGGAUGUGUUGUCAUGUCUCUCAUUUGUGCUCUCUGGAUACACAGCAAGAUUUUAACCAUACUUGCAAUCAUAUGUGAGAUCUGUGCCCUUAUUUGGUACAGUCUUAGUUAUAUUCCAUUUGCUCGGAGAAUGGUUUCGGAAUUGAUGAUCCGAUUAUGUGACACAGAGCUUUAACAAUGCAACUGGAGGGAUGCUCCUGUCUGACAGACCCAAAAGACUGAAGUCUUGUUUUACUAUCUUGUUGCUGAUCUUCGGAUUGGCGUUAUCAUUAUUUUCUGAGUGAGCUUGCAACAGCAGGUGCUGCAUAUUUCUUUGUUUAUUAUUCUUGUUUCAAAUGAUUUCUCUGGAAUUCAUUCGCACAUAAAAUCAUCUUAUCAAUCUUGUUGGGGUUGAACUUUGUCAGACCAUGUUGAUAAUGAUAAGCACAGUGGCUUAAGCAAUAAGCCAAAUUCAGUUAA